GGGAUUGGUCAAAGCAGUCACAGGAUGAUGGGAAGUACAGAGAAAAAAAUAGACUGAAACCGUUUCUGCCAUUCAGGAGAGCAGCUGCAGCUUCUGUGAGAUUUGAACUAUACAAUUAUGAGUGAGUCACUGGUCGUGUGUGAUGUGGAUGAAGAUCUGGUGAAGAAGCUGAAGGAGUUCCGCUUCCGGAAGGAAACCAAUAAUGCGGCCAUCAUCAUGAAGAUUGAUAAAGACAAGCAGCUCGUUAUUCUUGAUGAAGAGUAUGAGAAUAUAUCACCUGACGAGCUAAAGGACGAACUGCCUGAGAGACAACCCAGGUUCCUCGUCUACAGUUAUAAGUAUCAACACGAUGACGGACGCGUGUCCUAUCCUCUCUGCUUCAUCUUCUCCAGUCCAGCGGGGUGUAGACCGGAGCAACAGAUGAUGUACGCUGGAAGCAAAAACAAGCUGGUGCAAACGGGGGAAAUGACCAAGGUGUUUGAGAUCAGAAACACAGAAGACCUAACAGAAGAAUGGCUUAGAGAGAAACUUGGUUUCUUUCGCUAAAGUCGCCUCAUCCAGAGGUUUUGGGAUGAGGGGAGGGUCCUGACUGCACAACCCGCAUCAUCUUUCAAGAAGAACACACUACGGAUGUUACCUUCCUGUCUGGGUGGACCUGAUUUAAAUAGUCUUUGCAAAUAUUAUGACGUUGAAGGCUAAAUUGGUGGGGCUGGGGAUGCUUUUAUUACAAUUGAGCGUGUGCCAGAAGGUUCAGACAAUCACAAGAGUUUGAGUACUUCAAGCUCUUGUUUGAUUGUCAACAAUCGCGGCACUAUCUAAACCUCGUCCAUCUGGCUGCCUUUGUCUGCAAGUGCUAUUUGACUCAGGCCUACUUUUGCCUCCCAUACCAUCUCUCCAUGUGCCAGUGAUGUGUCUGUACUGAAAUAACACUCCCAUUGUUCUUAAAAGUGAACAGAAAUGAAAACUCAGCCUCUCCGAAGCAUGUUCAUGCAGGAGAAGCUGGCGUCUCCAUGGCAACAGUUUGUUUCCUUAAGAGGUUUACGCUCAACUUUCUCUGUACCUGACCCUCCUCGUUUGAUCUGUUUCUACCUUUAUUAUUUUUUCAUGGUUUUUGAAAGUCUUCUUGUCUGAUCUUUUAUUAUUAUUAUUGUUUCUGGUGUGUUUUAAAUUAGAUUUAUGUCGAACUUAGAGCAUUAUUUGGUUUCUUCCUACCCGAUCUUUUGAAUAGUUGUAGCUAGAAUCCAGAAAACACUACUGAGGUCCUCCAGUAUCCAGCCAAGGGGAUUUAAAUGAUGAGGUGCAUACGGUAGUUACUUCCCCAGAAGACGCAAACAAUAAUACUCGCGUGUAGCGAGGUAAACUAAGCACAUUAAUUAACAAGAAACUGUGGCUGCAAGUCGUCGGCGCCUUGCCAAAGUCUUCACACCUAUUGAGCUUUUUCACAUUUUGUCACGUUAUAAACGCCGUUUCUUCAAAAAUGUUCUCAAACAAACCUUUGAGGGCUUCACAGAACAGCUGUAAUUACUCUGAGAGUAAGCAACACAGGGCUAUUUACUCAUGAAGGGACCAUGAAAGAUUUGUAAAAGCGGAAUUGAUACACAUGCACGCCAAACUUUUCACAUUUCACUAGAUUUUUUUUAUUGAAAAACCAUGUAUUGUGCUCCUUCUGCUGCUCAAUUCUGCUCUUCUUCAUUGGUCUAUUACAGGGGUGUGCAACCUGCAGCUGCGGAGCCACAUGUGACCCAUAAGGUCCUCCACUGUGGCUUUUAAGAUGAUAGACAUUUCAGCAAUGUCUACAAAUGUAGACGUAAUAUUCAGGCUCUUAUCUGCACACAAUGUCUACAGGAGAAUGAUACCAACGGUACAUGGAGUAUUUUGAAAUGCUUUAUUUUUGGUUAUCAGUCUCCAGAAUUUCUUUUUCUCACUCUUCUAAAAAAAUAUAUAUGGAACGUUCUUUUAAAAACAGGAAUUAUUUUAUUCCUUAUAAUAAACCAUGUAAAGAGUGGAAGUGAUUCUUUCUGGAAAAACAAAUAGAUCUUAUACAGUAGGUGCCCAUGAAACUUGAGUUAUUUUUAUUGUAAUUUGGGUUGUGCUGCUCUAGAGGAAUUUUAUUUAGUAGGAGCAAGAGCAAAAGAGGCUAGACCCCUGGCCUAUCACACAGUGAAAUAAAUUGCAGUCUGUGGUUAUAAUGUUACAUGAUACGGAAAAGCUCAAAGGUUCACUUUUGCAGAGUACCGCAGCCUUGUUGGUUUGACAAUAAAUGAUUUUCAUUCCUGCUUAAAGAAAACAAUCAUGAAUUAUGAGUAAUGUCUUUGACCGGCGUUAUUUGUUACACGGUUAUAACCAGGGUGCAACAUUUUCAGAAACAUUCCAAACACAAAAACCUUCUUUCUUCCAACAAAACUCUAGCGACCACGAUGGUUAUAACAACAGUGUACACAGGGUGGUCAUGUCUGCCCCCGUUUUUAAAUCUUUCUGGGUUAUCGUCUUUUUAUGGGGAGAUCGUCGGCUAUUAUUGUGCGUUAGAACUCCUAUUGUUAUACUGAAUGUUGACUAAUUCUCAUGUAAAGCCGCUUUUUUUUUUUUUUUUGCUUUGUAUUUGAUGCAGCCUUAGGAGUAAUGGUGCAACUCUUCAGAAUGAUGUUUGUGCUUCUUAUUUUGGAUGUGAUGGCUUCCUCAUAUUGACAUUUUUAGUAAUAAGACAUGUAUUUCAAGUCCUGCAGGGAUGGGCGAGGAAAAUCCUGGUUAGUGGGUGGCUCAGGAUGAUUUCUGAUUCUUAUUAAAAGCGUACCAGCUCGGUAUAUUGGUCAGAUUCUUGGGGUGGGCACAUAGGAGCUCCACGUUUCUCAGUGUCAUCUCUUAGCAGUUUGAUCUGUUCCCUUUUAAUGAAAAGGGGAGGGUAAAAAAACCCGCCCUGUCUUCAUUUCUUUUCAUCUUCUGUGUAUAUUUGCAAAUUCUAAGUGAACGUUGGAUAAGUGACUAAAACAAAAGGAAAAUUCUUCAAAUUUUUAACUCAAAUUCUACUUUCUCCUGCUUAUGAUAAAUAAGAUACUCGGAGCAUGCUGACAGACAUGAACUGCACCUGUAGAGGGUAGCCAUGCUCGCAUAGCAGGACGUGGGUUGUUCCAAUUAAAGCUCUAAUCACACAUUCAUCUCUCUACUGAUAACAUUCGACCUAAGAGUUACACUGCCUGCAUCGUGUUAGCCUGUGUAAUGAAGCUACAAGUGAGAAUAAGAGUAAAGUUUACUGUAGGACUUAUCCUUUUACCUACCAACACUACAUUUCGUCAAAAAGUCUUAAACCUAUGGAAUAUACCGAGGAUCAUCCAGUGAGGGCGUUGUAGGAUAUCUCUUAAAUGUGCAAUGUGCUGCUUUUCACGCGAAUAAAUGAGCACGGAAAACCUUUCCAAAUCCUCCAUUGUCGGAAAUGUGGACGGCUACUGUAAAACGAGUGUUUUCUGUGCUGAAUGUAAACCGUUUCCACCGAGCUGUUUCCUAACAUCGGAAAGUGGUUUUCUCUUUGAAACAGAAGCAACCUGAGCCAUUUCUACGAAGCAGUAACUUCAGGCUCAGCAGGUUGUUUUGUUUCCUUCACGACGGACAGCUCUUCAGAUACAAACUCCCAUCUAUUUAGUAUGACUUGAAAGCCUUUGCCGACUUUCAGAGUUGAUAAACCCCAUCGUAGUGCAGGCCUCUGGUUUGAGCUGUAUUUUUUAUCUGAGGUAUUUGCAAACAUGCUGUUUCUUCACGGUGAAAUUAAAUGUAAGUUAACUGCUGCUGCGUAACAAAAUCAACCUGUUUUGGUUUCGAGCCUCGCAUCUGGUUAUAUCCUGUGGAUUCCUGAUCUGCUGUGCAUUUAAAUUGUUGUAAAGCUGGCCUUUUUAAUCAUUUACUUUAACCUGCGAAUGUGUAGUUUAGCUCAAUAAGUGUCCUCUCGGGUCAAAUGCCUAUUAUAUUUUCUGUCCUUUUUACUAAAAAUGUAAACAUCUACGAUUACCAGCUGUCUCCUGACAUCAGUGAAACUUGACAUAUUUGUACCUGUGUCUGUCCUGUUGUCCAAAUAAACUGACAAUGAUGUCUA